GGCAGUCCGGGCCGCGGGGCUCGGGCCUAGCGGGGUGGGCGGGGCGGAGUCGGGUCACUAGUCGUCCCCGAGUGUCGCCCGUACGCCACCGGGCCUGGAGAGCAUAGCGCGGCAGCCUCGGACCCGGCAGGGGUGCCCGCGGCAGUCGCUGAGUAGGGGCCCUUCUUAGGGCCCGGGACUCGCCCGGGGGUGCCAGAGGGCGUCCGUAGGGCCUGGACCGCGCCUAGUCCAGCUCUUCAUCGCAUUGCUGAGCCCGGAUAUGUCUGCAGGCGCUGUAGAUGGUUUUUAUGUGCGACUGUAGGCUAGAGUCUGUUGAGAGGCUUUUGAGGCCAUCUUGAGAUCUUGCUGUGUGUCCCAGGAGUGCAGGGGGUCUGCAGAGCCCCCUAGCUAAUUGGGUAUGUCUGGUAGGGCUGGGAAGUGCCUACUCGUGCUGGCUUCUGCAUUCGGCUCUUCUACACGGAUCUGGGACGAUUUAUGAGGCCUGGAGGCUCCUUUCAAGGACUAGGAAGUGUUCAGGGCCACCUGGAAGAAAGAGAUGUGUUCCCACCCAGGGAGAGGGAAGCAAGCCUUGUGAUGUGCCCAGAGGCGUACAUGGGUUUCCAAGGUCUUGGAAGUUUGAUAUGGGGUGACUUGGAGAGAAGGGUGGGGUGGGGCAGUUAGAAGGAACUGGAGUCAUCCAGUGAUUGUAAGAAACCAGUCUGUGUCUUGGAGCAAAUUCAGAUGCUUUUGGGGACUAUAUAAAUGUGUAGAAGAUAAUACAACAGAAAGUGCUGGGCAUUUUACCCAGCUCAAAUGUACUUGCCCUUCAGAAAGUAAUUAAAAAGAAAAUGGCUUUAAACAAAAAAGAACCUGUGUUGUCCUAGUGCUGAGGACUUAGGAUCAGGCCAUGGACCCCCGAAGGUCUGUAGAGCUGUCUUUACUCCUGUAGUGCAGCGCUCUGCAACGUGACCUUGAUAGGAAGGAGAGAAUACAUCGCUGGAUGAGAUUCAGUACAUGCCAACAGAUGCAUGUUCUAAUAUUGCUCCAGUCCUGUAAACGGAUGUUUCCAUUUGACUCUUUGGAAGUAUUUUUCGUUGUGUUUUGUGUACUUUGUGUAAUGAGCUUUCUGGGAAUCACUAAAUUGCUCUCAGAGCCUUAUAAUUGAGGGCUCACCGAUCUCGCAUGGUCUGCAGAGCCUUAUAAUGUCUGUGGUUUGGGGAUCUUCAAGUCUGCAGCCAGGAGCUCUUGAUUUAGUUUCCUCUGUGAGACAGGCACUGCUCAGGAUGGCAUGUGUAUCUCAGACAGCAGGAGAGAGCAGUCCCAGAGCUGGGAACUGUUGAUACACAGGUAUUAGCUUAGAGAAGCUUGGGCAUGGUAGAGGUGCUGUCAGAGUAGGGUACGUCUGGGAAUCAGGCAAGAAGCUGAAGAUUUGAAGAGGUGGGUCUAGGAGGCUGGCUGAAUGUAGAGGCCAGGGUCCAGUUUCACAGGUCUUGGGUCUUUGUGGAUGCCCGAGAGAGAAGGGGGAAAGCUGGUCUAAGAUCUAAAGAUACAAUGAUUGCUAAUGUGUAUCCAGCUGCUUGUGUGUGCAAAUGAGUGUGAUGCUACUAUUUUGCCAUUUUCAGAUAAGCACAGGUGUGGUUUAGGGAGCCUAGAGCUUCUAGGAAUUCUAAGAUUGGUUGUUUUCAGAGUAGCAGGUUUGACAGCUGUGGGAAGGUUUACAGCUGUGAUGUUCGUGUUUUCUGAAGCCUCAAUCAAGACAUCCACCAGUCUGAGGGAUGCUCUUUCAGCUACCUGACUGGGUGCUCAAAGCUCAGAAUUCCCGUGACAUCACCGAGGCUUUGGCCAUGCUUCUAAAGGACAGGCAGUUGGGUGAUAGGCAAGUGUCCCGGUGGGGCUGGGAGAACAGCAUGCCUUUCUGAAAUUUGGCAUUUUUGUUUUCAAAGCAGUAUGGUGGUUGUGUAGAUAUCGUAGUUCUAUCUCAUGGUUAUAAAUAAGGUUCUUUGGUCCCUCACCAUGGAGGAAGGCGGAUGCCGUGUGAAGCGGUGGACCCCCUGACAGAGCGCCACCAAGCAUGCUGGCGCACUCCUCCCUGUGGGGAAGGUGACCAUGGAGGAGGAAGAUGAGUCUCGAGGUAAAACAGAAGAGUCAGGAGAGGAUCGGGGAGACAGUCCGCCUGACAGAGAUUCCUCCCUUUCUCCUUCUGCCUUCAUCCUGCGGGCCAUUCAGCAGGCUGUGGGAAGCUCCCUUCAGGGGGACCUGCCUAAUGAUAAAGAUGGCUCUCGGUGUCGUGGUCUCCGUUGGAGGCGCUGCUGCCGGAGUCCACGAUCAGAGCCUCGGUCACAGGAGUCAGGGGGUGCUGACACAGCCACUGUGUUGGACACCGCCGCAGACAGCUUCCUUGUGGGGCUGGUGAGCAUCCUGGACCCCCCGGACACCUGGGUCCCCAGCCGCCUGGACCUGCGGCCUGGCGAAAGUGAGGACAUGCUAGAGCUGGUGGCUGAGGUCCGCAUCGGUGACAGGGACCCCAUGCCUCUACCUGUGCCCAGUCUGCUGCCCCGCCUCAGGGCCUGGAGGACAGGCAAGACGGUUUCUCCACAGUCCCACGCUUCUCGACCUGCCUGUGCCCGUCACCUCCUCACCUUGGGCACAGGGGACGGAGGGCCUGCCCCGCCGCCUGCUCCCUCCUCUGCCUCAUCGUCGCCUUCCCCUUCCCCAUCCUCCUCUUCUCCUUCUCCUCCUCCUCCUCCACCCCCGCCACCCCCAGCUCUGCCUGCCCCACGAUUUGACAUCUAUGACCCCUUCCACCCCACCGACGAGGCCUAUUCCCCACCGCCAGCCCCAGAGCAAAAAUAUGACCCCUUUGAGCCCACGGGUUCCAACCCCAGCUCAUCAGCGGGGACCCCCUCACCUGAGGAGGAGGAGGAAGAGGAGGAGGAGGAGGAAGAGGAGGGUCUGUCACAGAGCAUCAGCCGCAUCUCAGAGACCCUGGCGGGCAUCUACGAUGACAACAGCUUGAGCCAGGACUUCCCAGGUGACGACAGCCCCCACCGGGAGCCCCCACCCCCGCAGACGCUAGGAGCCCCAGGGACGCCGCCUCAGGCCGACUCCACGCGGGCCGAAGGGGCCCCACGCCGCAGGGUCUUUGUGGUGGGACCCGAGGCUGAAGCCUGCCUGGAGGGCAAGGUGUCGGUGGAAGUAGUGACGGCUGGUGGACCAGCGCUGUCGCUGCCCCCAACCGAUCCGGAGAUCGAGGAGGGCGAGAUUGUGCAGCCCGAGGAGGAGCCCAGGGUGGCAGUGUCUCUCUUCCGCGCCGCCCGCCCUCGCCAGCCGCCCGCCUCGGUAGCCACCCUGGCUUCCGUGGCGGCCCCCGCCGCGCCCCCAGCCUCUGCUCCGCGCGCCCCCGAGGGCGACGAUUUCCUGUCGCUGCACGCUGACUCUGACGGCGAGGGCGCGCUGCAGGUGGACCUGGGCGAGCCGCCGGCCCCGCCAGCCGCCGACGCGCGCUGGGGCAGCCUGGACCUGCGCCGCAAGAUCCUAACCCAGCGCCGCGAACGCUACCGCCAGCGCUCUGCCUCGCCGGGGCCCCCGCCCGCGCGCAAGAAGGCUCGCCGGGAGCGGCAGCGCAGCGGGGACCCGGCGCCGCCCGACUCGCCCUCCUGGGACGCCAAGAAGCACCGCUCGCGCGAGCGCAAGCUCGGCUCGCACUCCACUGCCCGCCGGCGCUCCCGCUCCCGCUCCCGCCGCCGCUCCCGCUCCCGCAGCGCCGAGCGCAGGCGCGGGGGCCACCGCUCCCGCUCCCGGGAGAAGCGCCGGCGCCGGCGGCGCUCCGCCUCGCCCCCGCCCGCGGCCUCCUCCUCCUCGUCCUCCCGGCGGGAGCGGCACCGCGGCAAGCGCCGCGACGGCGGCAAGAAGAAGAAGAAGCGGUCCCGCUCGCGGGCGGAGAAGCGCUCCGGGGACGCGGAGAAGCCGCCCGCGCCCGGGCCUCCCUCGGGCUCUGACCGGGACAGUCGGCGCCGCGGGGCCGUGCCGCCCUCCAUCCAGGAUCUCACGGACCACGACCUGUUCGCCAUCAAACGGACCAUCACGGUGGGUCGCCCGGACAAGGCAGAGCCCCGCGCGCCGUCGCCAGCACCUGCCUUGUCCCCGAAGCGGGAGGUGCUGUACGACUCCGAGGGCCUGAGUGCCGAUGAGCGGGGAGUCAAGGGCGACAAGGACCGGCGGCGCGCGGGGGCUGCGUCCUCGUCCUCAUCCUCGAGGGAGAAAGGGUCUCGACGGAAGGCCCUCGAUGGGGGGGACCGGGGCCGAGACAGGGACAGGUCGUCCAAGAAGACGCGGCCGCCUAAGGACUCGGCGUCUGGCUCGGGGCCGCUGCCCAAAGCCCCGCUAAGCAGUGGGUCCUCGUCCUCGUCGUCGUCCUGCUCCUCCCGCAAGGUGAAACUGCAGUCCAAGGUGGCGGUGCUCAUCCGAGAGGGCGUCAGCAGCACCACCCCUGCCAAGGAUUCCUCGUCUUCGGGCCUGGGCUCCAUCGGGGUCAAGUUCAGCCGCGACCGCGAGAGCCGCUCGCCGUUCCUCAAGCCGGAUGAGCGGGCUCCUGCAGAAGUGGCCAAGGUGGCCCCGGGUAGCACCAAGCCCAAAAAGACGAAGACCAAGGCCAAGGCCGGGGCCAAGAAAGCCAAGGGGACCAAGGGAAAGACCAAGCCGUCAAAGACCAGGAAGAAGGUCCGCAGCGGGGGGAGCAGCACGGCCAGCGGUGGGCCUGGCUCACUGAAGAAGUCCAAGGCCGACAGCUGCAGCCAGGCAGCCAGCGCCAAGGGGACGGAGGAAACAUGGUCUGGGGAGGAACGGACCAGCAAGGCCCCCAGUACCCCACCGCCUAAGGCAGCCCCGCCUCCACCCGCACUCACCCCGGACUCCCAGACUGUGGAUAGCAGCUGCAAGACCCCCGAAGUCUCCUUCCUGCCAGAGGAAGCCAGUGAGGACACUGGGGUCCGAGUAGGGGCAGAGGAGGAAGAAGAGGAGGAGGAAGAAGAGGAGGAGGAGGAGGAGCAGCAGCCUGCCACCACCACAGCCACCAGCACCGCCGCACCUGCCCCCAGCACCGCCCCCAGUGCGGGGUCUACAGCGGGAGACUCCGGCGCAGAGGACGGGCCAGCUGCUAGGGUCUCCCAGCUGCCAACACUACCCCCACCCAUGCCCUGGAACCUGCCUGCUGGUGUGGACUGCACUACCAGUGGUGUUCUGGCCUUGACUGCACUGCUGUUCAAGAUGGAAGAAGCCAACCUGGCCAGCCGAGCAAAGGCCCAGGAGCUGAUCCAGGCCACCAACCAGAUCCUCAGCCACCGGAAGCCACCCUCCACUCUGGGGGUGACCCCAGCUCCCGUACCCACUUCCUUGGGUCUGCCCCCAGGCCCCUCCAGCUAUCUGCUUCCCGGCAGCCUCCCCAUAGGGGGCUGUGGCUCUACCCCUCCUACUCCCACUGGGCUGGUCCCUGCAUCUGACAAGAGAGAGGGCAGCAGCAGCUCAGAGGGACGUGGGGAUACUGACAAGUAUCUGAAGAAGCUGCACACACAGGAGCGGGCAGUGGAGGAGGUGAAGUUGGCCAUCAAGCCAUACUACCAGAAGAAAGACAUCACGAAGGAGGAGUACAAGGACAUCCUGAGGAAGGCUGUCCACAAGAUCUGCCACAGCAAAAGCGGGGAGAUCAACCCUGUCAAGGUGAGCAACCUGGUGAGGGCCUACGUCCAGCGCUACCGCUACUUCCGCAAGCACGGUCGCAAGCCGGGGGACCCUCCAGGACCCCCUCGGCCACCCAAGGAGCCAGGACCCCCAGACAAGGGUGGCCCAGGCCUUCCCCUUCCCCCUCUUUGAGACUCCAUACCCCGUCCCUGCGCCUCUGAGAUUCUGGACAUAUUUAUGGCUCCGCUUCUCCACUAUGCCCCCCCACAGUGGGAUGAUGGGGAGGGUUGUUGUGAGGAAGAGGAGAGCCCCCCUGCCCGCCCCUGCCCGUUGUCCUCGCCCCUCAGCCUGCCCCACAGCCCAGCCCUUCUGUCAUGCCCCUUCCAAUUUCAUUAAAGAUUUCAUGAACUACA